AUGACUUUCGAGGUGGAAGAAGCCGACGCUGCGCCCGACGAGUAUGAAGCACAGUAUGUUCAUGAAGUGUACGAGCAAAUUGCCGAGCAUUUUUCUCAAACACGCUACAAGCCAUGGCCAAUUGUUUCAACGUUUUUACAGGGCUUGUGCCCGGGCUCUAUUGGCAUCGAUGUUGGGUGCGGUAACGGGAAAUAUCUUGGUGUUAACCCCAACGUCUUUAUAAUAGCCAGCGACCGCUCUUGCAACCUUGUUAAAAUUGCGCAGGCACACGAGCCGCACGAUGCUAUUGUCGCCGACUCCUUGUCGCUCCCGAAUCAAGCAGGGCGCUUAGACUUCGCCAUUAGCAUCGCUGUUAUUCAUCACCUGUGCACACGUCAUCGCAGACAGACGGCUAUUAAGAGCAUCAUUGACUGUCUUCGACUGGAUGGCAAGGCUCUCAUCUACGUCUGGGCACUCGAACAAAAAGGAAGCAGGCGGGGCUGGGAUGAGGGUGGUCAACAAGAUGUCAUGGUUCCAUGGAUUAUGAAUUCUCAGGCAAAGGAAAAUCCUUGUAAUGGGAAAAAAUUCCAAAGAUACUAUCACCUUUACUGCAAAGGUGAGCUCGAAGAGGACAUUGGCUUUGCUGGCGGAAAAGUUAUCGAUAGUGGUUACGAGAGAGAUAAUUGGUGGGUUAUUUGUCAAAGAUAUCCUAUUGAAAACACAAUAAGCGAAAUCUAG